UUGAUGUGACACAUUUCGGUGGCUCACGUUGCUGACAGAGAAUUGUUUCCGAGAGCCAAUUUUUUUUGCCAAUGUUCUCAUUUCCUUUGCUCUCGUGCGCGCUUUCCAAACGAUGACGGUGAGGGCGGACGGCAUCAACCCGCGCACGGGGAUGGUGGUGGCGAUCUGCAGCGUGUUCCUGGUGUUCGGUUUCAUGUUCACCGUUUCCGGCAUGAAAGGCGAGAAGCUGGGCCGGGUCCCGCUCCUCGCCCUCGGGCCAGCCAUCUGCCUGCCGGGCGUGGCUGCCAUCUUCCUGGCCAAUAAGACGAAGGGCUGCACCAAGUGGCCCUCCUGGCGGCACCGAUGCCGGCCCAGGAAACAGCGGGGGGACCCGGAAUCGGGAGACGACACCAUGUCCACCACCACGGUGGGGGAGAGCAGCCGCCUCAUCCAAGACGUGGAGCAGAACAAGCUGCUCCGCUACCUCCAGGACCUCUACCCCAAGAGGGCCUUCGCGGCCGCCAGGGAGAUCUCUGAUUACUGCGCGCUGGAACAGCUGUGCGCUCCGAGGGAGGGCGUGGCCUUUGUCUCAGCCUCCAGCAGUGUGGGGCACGAGCCCCGUGACAGCUUUGUAGUGCUGUCCCCUCGGGACGGAGCCCACAGCCCCUAUGCCUCGUACUGCUGUCAAAUCGAUCCCAAGGACUUCACAUCGGGCCACGAGACUAUGGUCUGACCUGAGGAGCUUCAGAGGAUGUCUGUGCUUGCCUGACUUAACGCUCGGGAAUGUAUCCACUAGCAAGUGCUGUACAAGUGAAAAUAUAGAGGUGAUCUUCAGGACUCUCUUCAUACCAGAAAAGCACACUGACAUGAUUUUUCAAUUACAAAUGUAUGCUCAAACAACACUGUCAGAGUGGUAAGCCCACAAGAGCUGAUGUUCAGAAAAACAUAUGAACAACUGCAUGAUAUCAAAAAUGUUGGAAAAGUUCAUUAAAAUUUUUCAUAUUUAUAAUUUUUUUUUUUUACAUGAAUACACAUGUAAGAAGAGGUGAGUGUGUAAAUGAGAUGUGUUUUAAAUCUCAGGGAAACAACAGUUUUGCAAAAGUACAUGGAACUGGGCAUGAAACUUUAAUGAAAAAAGAAUUUACUAAUGAAUAGAGACUGUCAAAUGUAUCUAUUGUAACGCUGCAUGCUGUUUUAUAAUGUAUAUUUUAAAACAGGAGUCAGAUCAUUUAUCAUCACGCUUGAUAGUGUGCUUUGUUCACCACUUAGGACAACUGUGCACUAAAGCAGAAAAUGAUUGAACUCUAUGCUUUUGAUUAUUUUUGUAAUUUAGAAUUUUUCAUUUUUAAAGGGGAUUGUCCCUGUUUCUAUAGCUUUGUUGGAUAAGUAUUGAAUGUUUCUAAGACAGUAAUUGUAAUAAUCAUCUAAAUGGAGCCAUUAGUAUUUUUUAGCAAAUUAAGAAACAUUGAUGUAAUUUAAAACUAUAUUUGAAGUGAUUCUGCAGCUUUCCUCAUAAAUAUUUUUUUCAAAAUAUACAUUAAAAAUUUUACAUUUUUAGAGUAAGUCUCUGUAACUGUCAACCUCUAAGAAUCAGAAUAAAAUGUAUUUUAUUUUCAUUGAUCACAGAUUUAAAUUUCAAAAUGAAAAACUAAAAUGAAGGAUAGAUAUUUGCAUUGUAUAUCUACAUCUCUUUCUCGUCAUUAUAUUUGAAAAUGGUCCAAGACAUGGAUAUUUUGCCCUAUUUUAUUACAAAAACAUGUGUGUGUAGCUCUGUAUGUUUAAAGCUGAUCUAUACAGGCAUGAUCUAUGUUAAAAAAAGAUCUAUACAGGCAUUAUGGAGUUUUCAAGAGUUUCCUUGUACAUACAUUGUACAUAUACAUUUUGAUUUCUGAGUGGCACAGUAUUACAGGAGCUAUCUAUCAGUAAAUACUGAUAUGUUUAAAUUGUAUUUACUAGAAAAAUAAACCACCCAUACAUUUAUUUCUUUCUAAAUUCCCUCAUUUUUUCACUUGAAUGCUCUGUGUUGAAUGUGGAUUUUGGUUGGGUCUACAGUUAUUACAUUGGAAGCAAGAGGUCUCAUACAAUGUA